AUGAGCAACCUGCCCACAAAUCUGCCUGGGGCCUUGGUCCUUAGUUCACAGGUGCACAUAGGUGGGUGUCCCGUCCCUUCAGAAAACCCAUGUGAGUGUAAGGGUGAGGCUCACAAGGGUCUGUACUUGUCCUGUCUAAUGGCCAGCACCAUCUGUCACACUGUGGUCACUAUGCCGGAGCGUUUCUGCACAGAUUUUCAUCAGCCCCUUCACUUUCCAUCGUUGAAAGUUAAGAUCGACCAUGUGCAGGUCAGCCGGCCUGGAUUGGACACGGGUGCCCUUGUGUAUGUUCUACUUACCAACCUGAGGCAUCCAGAGCUCUUUGAGGCAGAAACAGAUGCUUCAGUGCCAGCACCAGUGCCAGGAGAAGAGCCACCACAUGUGAGAGGACUGAAGCUAGAGGAACCUUCAAAGCCCUUGUGCCCCUCUCCUGUGGCAACAAUGAACCGGCCCCGUGUAGACACGUGGGACAUCAGGGCAUUCCCUCCUAAGCUGCUGGCAGAGCAGCUGACUCUGAUGGACAUGGAGCUGUUUAGGGAGGUGGCGCCCUAUGACUGCCUGGGCUCCAUCUGGUCCCAACGCACCAAGAAGGGAAAGGAGCACCUGGCACCCACCGUUCGUGCCACCGUCGCCCAAUUUAACAAUGUGGCCAAUUGCGUCAUCACCACCUGCCUUGGAGAUUACAGCAUGAAGGCCCAGGACAGAGCCAGGGUGCUGGAGCACUGGAUCAAGGUGGCCAGGGAAUGCUUGGUCCUCAGGAACUUCUCCUCGGUCCACGCCAUCCUCUCCGCUCUGCAGAGCACACCGAUCCAUCGAAUGAGAAGGACAUGGAGAAAAGUUUCCAGUGAUGGCAGCCGGGCUGUGCAGGAGGGCAGAGGAGCUGCAGAAGCAGCCGGUGUCCACUUCGCACACUGCUCCAUCCUGUCGGCACGUGGCUUUCUUCAGGCGAUGGGGACCGUCAAGUUGGCCACCUUGGAGAUGAACCAUCAGAGAGCCCAGAUGAGGCAGCGGCAGCAGAAAAAGGGUAUCGUUCCCUUCCUGGGAACCUAUCUCAGCGACCUGGUGAUGUUAGAUGCUGCGAUGGACGACUACGUGGAUCUACAAGCUCUCCUGCCAGCUGGAGCCCCCCUCCCACUAGGCCGGCGACACCCUCAAGGUGAAGAAGAGCAGGCCCAAGGAAGCCAGACAGCCGCAACUGCGUUCCCAGCUCCACCUCCGACCAGCCCUGUGACUGGGGCAAGCUGA